GAGCUGAGAUUGGGCCACUGCACUCCAGCCUGGGCGACAGAGUGAGACUCUGUCCAAAAAAAAUAACCAUCACCAGGAGAAGAAGAUGAUUUAAACAGGCCUAGAGAGUUGGAUCGGUAGCAGGAGUGGGAGCAGAUCCCGGAGCAGAUGGCCUCGUUGCCAUCACACCCCAGGCACUGUCGCCGCCCCUGCAGCCCCCGCCCCGGGGCUGCUCACACCCAGCCUGGUACUGGGGGGCAGUGGCCCCAGCAGAGAAGGUCAUCCCAGCAAAGGUUUUGGGAACAACGGUUCAGGGUAAGGAAUGGAUAUGGUUGACAUGGUUUCAUCAACAGGAAUGACACCAAGGAGGAUGUCUGUUCACCUGACUGCGAUGAAGAAGGAGACGCCCAGGAAGGACCCCGCAGCACAGGAGCUGGGAGGCUGCGGAGUCUGAGGCUGAAGGAGAAACGGGUACAGGGCAGCAAGGGUUCCAGGGCCCAGAUCAGGGUAGUAAACACACGGCCGCGGUAACCAUCCCAGACGUGGGGUCUUCCCCAGAAUCACCCGCAGAAUCACCAGAAUCAUCAGAGUGGGGAAGAGGAGGGAUCACACAGUGCCCCGAAGGCCGGGCCCCACCCCGCCGGCCCCACCGCAGAUGCAGGUGCUCCUUUCCUCCAUGGGAGGCUGCAGGUCUCCAGCCUCGGGGCAGGGAGCAGCGAUGCAGGGGUGCCAGUCGCAGGGGUGACGGACGCAGGGGUGAUGGACACAGGGGUGACAGACACAGGGAUGACAGAUGCAGAUGUGACGGAUGCAGGGGUGACAGACACAGAGGUGAUGGAUGCAGAUGUGAUGGAUGCAGGGGUGACAGACACGAGUGACAGACACAGGGGUGACAGAUGCAGAGGUGACAUGCAGGGGUGACAGAUGCAGGGGUGACAGACACAGGGGUGAGAGAUGCAGAUGUGAUGGAUGCAGAGAUGACAGACGCAGAUGUAACAGAUGCAGGGGUGACAGAGGCGGGGUGACAGAUGCAGGGAUGAUGGAUGCAGGGAUGAUGGAUGCAGGGGUGACAGACGGAGAUGUGACAGAUACAGGGGUGACAGAUGCAGGGGUGAUGGAUGCAGAUGUGAUGGAUGCAGGGGUGACAGAGGCAGAGGUGACAGAUGCAGGAGUGACAGGUGCAGGGGUGACAGAUGCAGGGGUGAGAGAUGCAGAUGUGAUGGAUGCAGAGAUGACAGACGCAGAUGUGACGGAUGCAGGGGUGACAGAUGCAGAUGUGACAGACGUAAUGGUGACAGAUGCAGGGGUGACAGAGGCAGAGGUGACAGAUGCAGGGGUGACAGAUACCAGGGUGACAAGUAGAGGGGUAACAGCCAGGAGUGCAGGGAACGGGGAGACCAGCAGGACAGCAAGUACUGGGGAUGCUGACCACAAUUCCUCACCGAAGACAGCCUAGAGAGGACAGCAAUUAGAGGAUAAAGAAAAUCCACAAGAUGAGACCCAAGGUUAGCAGCCACCUCAGCGUCGGGACCCUGAUUCGGUCGCCCAGACAACCCUAAACCACAAGAUGGAGGCGGCCAAUCUGCCAACUGAGAAUUCUUUGCUCCGAGGCUGAGCAGGGCAGGGCUGAGUCAAUGCCGGCCGCCAUCUCCACCAUCACCCAGUUCAGUCAUCCAGCAAGAAGAACUAGGAAAUUCCAGCCAUACGAAAUGAAUGAGAAGUUGGAGCUGGAGACCUUAAGUGCUUGCUUUUUGUCCACUGACCAGGUAACUAGAACUAUCUGCAUUAUCUGUGUGGCAUGGAGUUUUUAGUAUUUUUACCUAAAGACAUCUCUUUUUGGUAAUAACAAAGUUUUUUUUGAAAACGCCUGGUUUUAGCCAGGCUCAGUGGCUCAUGCCUGUAAUCCCAGAA